AUGCUGGUGACGGAGGUGGUAACGGAUACUAAGGAUGACUCUGUAGAGGUACUUCUGAGAGAGGAACCUCGCAAAGAGUUAAGAAUAGUACACCAUCACUGUGCAGCCUCAUUGAGGGGAACCAACAAAAGAUUAUACACCAAUCUAAGAAAAACUAUGUUAUCCCUGAUACUAAGGAGGACUGUUGGACAGUCCCCUCAGGGGAUAGUCAAUAAAACUACCAAUUUGGUUGGAGACAUGGGUAGGUUGCGUACAAUGAGAGGUUCUGAAGAGAGUCAGCCUUUUGAUCCUGGAGAUUGCUCCCAUGAGUAG